GUUCGCUGCCGAAAGGUGAUCGAAAACAUGCGCCGCCUGCCGGCAGCGUUUGCUUUUUCUCGCGAGGGGCGACGUGCGACAUUUACUUGAAUCUAUGGUAAAGGACCCCAUUUUUCAACUCCUCCAAGAAGAAUGCUGCCAAGCCACUGACAAGAGGAAAUAAAAGCUAUCCUGGCAAGAUUUAAAGAUCAUGGACUUUCUGAAGUGUGGUUCAUGUGGCACCAUUUUCCAUGAGCUUGACACCUUUAUCACCCACAAACAGGCAGGAUGCACUGGCAAGUCUGAAGAUACUGAAACUACAGAGAAAAAAGCCAAUGCGGAGACACCUGGAAAGUCAACCCCAAAGGAGGAGCAGUCAACUACAGCCCAGAAGCUUGUCAAAGAUGAAGAUACAUCUAAGGGUGGAGAAGCUACUGUCACCCCCUCUGCUUCCAAAAACAAUGGCCUUCAAAAGGCAGGUCGGCGAGGCUUCCCUGGCUACCUUCAUCAGCGCUUGCGGCAGCAAAAGAAGCUUCAGAUGCAACGUGCCUGCAAGGUAGCAGCCGCUGAGCGGCAGCAACAGGCCUCCAAGGCCCAACAGGCACGAACACAUCCUCCCGGAACAACUGUUGCCUGUGGUCGCUGUGAGGGCUGCAGCCGGACUGAGGACUGCGCUCAGUGUGCCAACUGCACGGAGAAAAAGACGGGUCUUCGAGGACCAAGAAAAAAAUGCCUGCUGAGGCGCUGCGAGAAAAGCACAGCACAGAAGAAGAAAGUGUACAUAGUAGAGAGGAUACUGAAGAAGAGGGUGAAUGCUGCUGGAAAGGUUGAAUACCUCCUCAAAUGGAAGGGAUACCCAGACUCGGAAAACUGCUGGGAGCCAGAAGAGAACAUUAUCAGCAAGCGACUUAUCCAGUUAUUUGAAAAAGAGCAACAGGGAGCUGCUGGCGCUGAGGAUAGCAAGGACAAAGUGGGCAUCAAAGAUGAACUCGGCAGCUCCUCAAGCAAAGAGACAAAGGACGAGGACGAAGGUAUAAGUGAAGAGGCUGAAGCAGCCACUCAUAAGCGCAUCUUCUCGGCGCUGGGCCUGCACAGGCAAGGAGAGGAGCUCGCCACACCCACACCUGAGCCAGGUCGCAGAGGCCGCACCAGCAAGUCGGCUGCAAAGGACUUCAUUAAGACAGUGUGUAGCAAAAGGCCACGUAGCCCAGAGUUGCCCACAUCUCCAUCACGAAUGUCGAGUGUAUCAAUAGGCACCCCACCAUCCAAACGACUUGCGGCCAUAAUGAGUCCCAACGCUCAGGAAACAUCUGCUGGUGACACUGCCACAGCUGCAUUAGGUGAAGCAAAACAGGAAGAUACAGAGUCCAUAGCAAUCAUCUACAUCCCAAAGCCGGAUGAUCCCGGCAAGUAUAUUACUGUAAAAGGGGACCAUCGCCAGGUAAGCAAUUUGGACAGAGUGGACCUAAAUCCUGUGGUUGUUUUGGGUCCCAAGCAUCCGGAGAUCAAAGGUGCACCUGGGGCAUCAACUGAUGGUACGGAGACAGUUGCAAAGGAGCCAGGCGCAUCAACACCCAAGUCACAGGAAGAGCCACGAACAAUCAAUGUGGAGGUGGUUCAGCUGGGCUCCCUUGAAGAUGAAGAAGAAGAGGAUGGCUCAUUUGCUUCACCGUACCGUAAGCCAUCAGUAGUGGCCCGAGCACGCAUGAAGGCUGUUGGAAUGUUCUCUUCACCAUCACGCCAGAUGGCCUAUCACAGGGGCCCUGGCAGGCCGCGCAAGACGACCCUGCCAGUGCCUACGCCAUCCCGCAGAGGUCGCAAGCGACGGCGGCCGGCUAGGGAUGACUUCUACUAUGGUGACGAUGAUACAGAAUUUGUUCCUGCCCUUUCCCGUACGACCAAGUGCAAGACAGUGGUGGAGGUUGUAGGUGAAGAUGUGGAUCCCGCGGCAUCCUUAGUGCCGGAGGUCCCCAAGAAAAAAGUGGGCCGGCCACGCAAGUACCCACCACACCCCAUGCACCACCUGUCACCACAGCAGCGCAAGAUGCUGGCGGCAAGGCGUGGCCGCAAGAAGCUAACGCAGCCGCGUUCUCGGCGGAACCGCGUGUUUGUGGUGAUGGCCGAUGGCACCAUGGUGGAGGUGUGUGGCACUGACCGGCAACGGGCGGUGGAGCGGGCAACCGAGAAGGUGCGCGCCAUGCGUGAGGGUGGCGCUGACGCACUCGCUGCGGAGGAAACGGACCUUGCUGAGGAUGAGGACAGUAUGCCAGCAGCAGGGGCUACGGGCACCGCCACAGCAGCAGCCACUGCAAAGGAACCCACUCCGGAUGGAGCUUCCGGCAGCCCUGUUACCGUGAUGCCAAGUGUGGCGGGUCCUUCUGGAACAAGUGUAGCCACACCGCAGGGGGGCAUGCUUGGCGGCCGAAGGAGGAGCAGCACCCAGAUGAGCCUGGAGGAGUGCACCAAUGACGCCGUGGACGACACGCACACCCUCAAGCUGCCCAACACUGUGCAGCUGGUAGAAAGCGAGCUCCCACUGGCUGAGGCUGAAAACGCGGACUCCCUCAUCGGCAUGUUCCUCUUCCGACAGGUGUUCUCCCCCAAUGACACCAGCCUGCAAUGUCUGUUCUGCCAGUCCAAGUAUGUGUUCCGUUUCCCCGUCGACCUGGAGAAGCACUACCACGUGAUCCAUGAGAUUGCUGUGCACAGUGCCAAGGCAGAGUUCAGCGAGGCUGUGGUGUUUGUGUGUGUGCCCCCAGAUGUCACUGAGGACACUACACUGAACUCCACUUGUCGGUUCUGCGACCUCACCCUGCGCACCCUCUCGGAGGUACGCGACCACUACCCAGAGGUGCACUCCAAGACCGUGCGACUUGUGGCUGAGUCAGCGGUGACAGAACUGGCAUGCCAGUUUUACUGCAGCGUGUGCUCGUGGGCCUCUCCCAGCUUUGAGCAGCACCACAGCCACAUGAAGGCAGCGCAUCGCAUGCAAACCUACACCUGCCGCUACUGUGGAUACUGCACACCAAGGCCGGGCCGCCUGCGUUUCCAUGUCAAGCAACGCCACCUGCAAGACCAGCCGGGCCCGCACCUGCAGUGCUCGGUGUGCUCUGUCUACGUGCAUGGCCGCGAACGCCUGCACAAGCACAUCCUGCUCUCGCAUGCCGUCCAGACUGGUCCCCAGACGUGGUCAUGUGCCAAGUGCCUGCAGCCCUGCGGUAACUCUAAGGACCUCAUGGGCCACAUCAGCCGAUGCCCGCUGCUGCGAGGGGAGAAGGGCAAAGGUCGUGGAAGCCUGGGCUCCAGCCUGGGUGGAUCCUCAGGGGGACCAAAGGCUAAUCUCUUUUACAAGUGCAACCACUGCUCACUCACCUUCACCUCUGAAGAAGAGAUCAAGAAGCACAUGGCAGAUGGGGUGCAUCUGCCUGUAGGACAGACUACCACUGGUCAAUCUGUAGUGCCAGGAGUUUCUGAAGAGGGCAGUUCUAGCGCCACAGGUGAAGCUGCUCCCCUGGAGUUGUCCGGAGGCCUGGAAGCCGGCAGCAGUGAGGACGACGGCCUGGCUGGGUCGUCGAGCACAUGCUUCCUGUGCUGCAUGCGCUUUGCCAGCGCCCAGGCCUGCCAGAUGCACCAGCACCAUGUGCACAUGCGAUGGGUCAAGCGCGGACUGCCGGACUUCUCCAGCGAAGACGUCCAGAACAACCUGUACAACAUGCCCAUGGUAGAGAACAACAGCGAGACAGAGCUGACUCAGCAGCGGGCAGUGGAAAGCAUCACGCAGCAGCCCGGCUCUGAGGAGGACGCCACGUCAACAGCACCCGCUCGGGAGGCCCCUGGCAGCGAAGGCUCAGUCACUGCGCUGACUGAGACAACCAAGAAGGGCCCAGAGGAAGGUACAGACGAUGGGAAAAGUGCUGCCGGUGGCACCCUCAGCUCUGCUGACAUCCCUUCGGACGCCAAACUUUUGGAGUUGGGCUUUCCUACAAAGGUUGGCCACUACUGCCACGUGUGCGACGCUGUGAUCAAGAGUUACGCCCUGUAUUAUUUGCACAUGCACAACCUGCACCGACUCGAGAAGCGCUUCCAGUGCAUCGUGACAGCUUGCGGCCAGACCUUCACGUGUCCCAACGCAUUCCAGCGCCACUCAUUGCGUCACAACCAAAAGUCGGACAGCUUCUGCUCUAUGUGCGACAUGGUCUUUGAUGACAACGAGCACCUUCAGGACCACUUCCUCAGUGCCGAGCACGCCAACAAGUACAUGCGAGUGCAGGAGAAGUACAAUCGCUCGGAGCCACGUAACUACCGGUGCAGGGUGUGUCACAGCUGGUUUGGCCUGUUUGCCACUUUUGUGAAACAUAUGGAGACCGAGAGUCACCAGUACCAGUGCCAACACUGUGGCCUUCUUUUCGUCCAGCCAGGGCCACGUCGUAACCACAUCCAAAGUGUACACCCAGAGCUUGCGAAUAUCUGUGAGAUUUGUGGCUCCAAAAUGGCUAACUCCCAAGCCCUUUGGAGUCACCUGUCUUUGCACAGCAUCGUGCACGAAUGCCACAAGUGCCACCGCCGCUUUCUUCAACGGGAGCAGCUCAUGGCUCAUAUGGAAGUUCACGCGCCACCAACGCCUUGCCCUUGGCAGGGCUGCAACCGCAAGCUGGCCACAAAAGUGGGGCUCUACAAUCACUUACGUAUGCAUCGUGGUGACACAGACUUCAGGUGCCUGACCUGUGGAAGAGGCUUCUUCAAGAAGAAAGCUUUAGACUCUCACAUGCGACUUCACGAAGAACCCUCUGCGCUGGCCAGGAUGCAACGUUCAGACCUGACACAAGGAAGCCACAUGCUGACUGAAGUGAGCCCGCAGGAGAGCCAGGAGGAAUCUGCAGGAGAGCUCAUUCAGCUGAUCUGUGCGGGUUGCUUGAAUGGCUUUGAGUCUGAGGACUUGUUUGCUGCACACAUUUGCACAGGCCACCAAGGGCAUAGCCAAGAGCAGGCCUUUGUGACUGCUGAUGACUCUGUGAUCAACAUGGUCACAGGGGAUGGCACUUUGUCAUCAGCAGACCUUGGUGGAAGCCAGCUGGUGGCCACGACAGAAGAUGGUAUCACCACUACUGUGGCAAUAAAUCCACAAGAGGAUUUGGCCACGCAGUUGGCUAGGGCCGUAGCAGAAGCCACAGGCCCAGGCCAGGUGACUGUCUCUAUAAACACAGCCGAUGGCAUUGCAACCAUUAGCCAGGACCCAAGAGAUUUGGCCGAUUUCCAAGACAUGGAAUCUGUGACCAUGGAAUCUGCCGACCUUGAACUUGCGGACCAGCAGCACCAGAUGACCUCAUUGCAGCAGGAGGGAAUGGAAACAACUGAACAGGAAGGGGGUGAUGAGCUUGUCAUACAGCAGCUUGGAGAGCCUGCACAGGACACAUCACUGGAUCAGGAGCCUGAACAACAAGAGCAGGCAGAUGCAGAAGAGAUGAUGCACCCUGGAGUAGAAGCAGAGGCGCAGGCACAACAGGAAGCAGAGCUAGAGCAACACCAGAUGGAAGAUGCCAUGCAUCAUCAAGCUCCCGAACACCAGGACAGUGGCAUGGAGGCUGAGAUGAACGAACAAACAGCGCAGCUACUGAUGGCUGCCGAUCAAGAAGGCCUGGAGCACCUGGCCGUGGAGUCUGAGAAUGGUGAAGUGAUCCACUUUGCCAUCGUUCACCACCCAGAAGGGUCGCAAGAAGGAGUAGCCGUCACCUCAGAGGAGAUGGCUAUGCUGGCCGCUGGUGGAGAUGGUGCAGUAUCAUCUCUAGCGCGCAUCAUGACAAUGGACACAUCGUCAUACAUGGUAUCUGGCGACAUGACGACAACUUCAGCACAGCUGGGCAGCGAGACGAAGGUUGUUGGGGCUCUUAAUACAGAGGCACCUUUGCUGUCGGUGGGCUCUGGAGAUCUGUGUUCGGCUCGGGAGGCCUACGACGUGGGACAGGGUGAAACGACUUCGGAGGCCAUGGCUGAAGGCACAGAGGGCCAAGAACAAGCCAUCACAGCUGAAGGCAUGGCCUAUGCAGAAGCACCUGCUAGUGGUGAGGGUGACCAGAUGCCCAUUGUCAUGAUGGUACCAGGCGGUCAAGAAGGCUUGAACAUGGAGGGUGAGGAAGGGUUUGCCAAUGCUGCUGUGCUCAAGGUUCCCACCUCGGAUGGUGGGGAGAGGGUGCUCCUUAUUCCCAUCAGCUCGGAAGGUGGGAACACGGUGUUUGCCUUGCCGAGAGGACUGUCACUUGGAGGGGUUGCUGAAGGACAAGAAGGGGCCGGAGCACAGCAGGGCUGUGUGACAGUGUCCCUUGAUGCAGCUUCAGCAGCCAAUGUUGGUGAAGACCAUGGCAUUCUCACGCUGCCAAUGGUCACAGACACAAUGACAGGCCAGGUGUCAGUGCAGUUUGCCUCAGAACCAGGAGAAUAGGGUCCACUGUGACAGCACAGACAAAAACUGUUGUGUGGGGGUACUUGCAGAAAUGGUGUUGUGUUCUCAUUGAACUGGUCUCUCCAUAUCAUUUCAUGGUGUGCUUCUAGUGAGGCCAUGUUAAUAAGCUACGCUUGCUCUAUGGGUUUACAGCAUACAAAUUGAACAGAUGGUUAGGGUUUCCAUCAUUUUCUAUCAUCUCAUAGUCUUUUCCUUGUGCCUUGUUGUAUUGCAGUGAUUCCCUUUGGUCUUUUUCCUCUUCUCUCUUUCUUUUUUUGCAAGACAGCGUUGGAAGCCUUUUGGUGUUCUAGGUUUCACUUUUGAGAACAGAUGUUUUUGUACCCCAGCAGUUUGUCUCCAGUGAUCAUGCAAAAGGAAGUAAGGACUCCCAAAGAUAAGGCUAUUAUGGCUCCCAAAGUACAACUUGACGCAGUCUGCACUUCCAUCAUGUCCAUGUUUAUUUUAUUGUUGCUCUUUCCGAACUAAAAUUCAAAGCAAAAAAACUGAAUUGCAGCUGAUCAUCAUUCUUACUCAUUUUUUUUUUCAUAUACUGUUGGUACCUGGCAAGGAAUGACUGCCAAGUAAAUAAACGUAUAUUUAAGCACAAUCAUCUCAUCAUGCUUACUAGGAGGAAUCAUGUUAAAAAAGUCAUGCUGCCCAACUGUAAAUAUGCCUGCAUUGUUGGUUUUUUUUUUUUUCAGUUAUACAAUUAUAGUAUGUGGCUGCUGCUGUCCACUGCAGGGUUUUACAAACCGGACAACCAGUAGUAUCUUGUACAUUUUCCUGCUGUCAAUAAAGCAUGUUCACCAUUCUCAA